AUGGCGCUCUGGGCCUUUGCGCUGCUGGCCACGGCCACAGCCACGGCCAACCCAAUCGCUCGCCGAGCAGCCAUCCCCUGGCCAGAACCCGUCCCAGCAUCCGACACGCCCCCCGUCGACUGGUCCUCCCUCCCACCGCCAAACUACCCGCGCAACUCCCCUACCGUCCGCACCAACACUCUCAAAGCGAACGAUAAUUCCGACUAUACCCCCCCCCUCUCCGUCUCCUGGGUCACCCGCAACUCCACCAGUUUCAUAACAACCCCCCAAGACCAACGCACCUGCAACGCCUGCUGGGCCUUCGCCGUAACCGCGCUCAUCGAAUCCCAAAUCCGCAUCGAACACGGCCCCUGGUCCAAACGGUCCGAAUCCGACGUGCACGACGGUCUCGGCGCCGCCUGCGCCAGCGUCGGCAACGCCGAGGAAACACUUGCUUGGCUCGCCGGGCAGGGCGAUAUUUACGUGAACAACACAAGUUUGAAACCGCCCGGGAUAGCGGACUGGCCGUGUGAUCCGUACCGGGAUAGUGAUCAUGCUUAUGAGGCGUGUGGGGAUAGACGGGGGAGGGCGACGCAGGUGCCGUAUUACCAGGGGCUGGGGACGGUCGGGGAGCAGAAGGGGUGGGUGGAUCGGUAUGGGCCGGUGGUGGCUACUUUUGUGUUGUAUGAGGAUUUUGGGGGGUGGCAUCCCGGGAAGGAGGGGGAGGUGUAUAGGUGGGAUGGGGUGAGUGCGACGAAUGGGAAUCAUUUGGCGUUGGUGGUUGGGUAUGAUGAUGAGAGGGGGGCGUGGUUGAUGAAGAAUAGUUGGGGGACGGGGUGGGGGGAGGCGGGGUAUGUGUGGUUUGCCUACGACGAAGCCAACAUCGACUCAUGGACCAAAUACGGCCUCGUCAACGUCAACCCCGACCCCUGGACACGCCGGCGUCACCAAAGCGGCAGUCUCCUAAUAUCCGGCAACGGCGAAACCCACCGCAACGCCGAACUCCUCCUCCCAAACUCCGACUCUUCCGGGUUCGUGCAUGUCUCGCGGGAUGGGGAUACUGGGACAUGGAGUUCAGUGGCUGAAAUAAAAAGUGAGAACGCGCUGACCAGUCCGCCGGCGGUGAUUGGGACGUCGUGGAACAGAGACUUUCACGCUGUGGGGGUCGAUGAGAAGGGGACGUUGGUGCAGUGGGUGUUUAACCAGACAGCUGCCGCGUGGUCGCAGGUUGCUACCCUUGACGGGGUGGAGGGCGUGCCGGGGUUGGUGCAGAGCGAUGGGUCGCAGUUGAUUGUGGUGGUCAGGCAUGCCGAUGGGAGUUUGAAUGAGUACCAACAACCCCCCCACACCACCACCUGGUCCCACACCUCAACCCUCACCCCCCCCUCCUCCAUCUCCCACUCCGGCCCCUCCCUCCUCCAAUCCAACACCCACCUCGACCUUUACGCUUCCGCCUCCACCACCCCCAACUCUCCACCCUCCUACGGCCAUCUCUACACCGUUGCUGUCCGUGUCGACGGGCAGUUACAACUAUUUUGGAGGCCGGGCGGGCCAGAUGGGGUUUGGGUUGCUGGGGAGGUGUUCGGGGAUGGUUUUACGGCUGCUGAAGGGGAGGAGAUAGUACCGGUGAUGAUACAGGAUUAUUUUAAUACGCAGAAUGAGACGUCCGUCGGGGGGUUUCAGCUCGUCGUCGCUGACGCAGAGGGGAAUAUCCAGCAUUGGACACGGGAUAAUUCGGAUCUAGCAGACCGGUUGGAGCCGCCGAGGGAAGGGACUGAUUCGGGGAGGUGGGUGUUGACUGAGACGGUAACGCCGGAAGGGGGGAAGGUGAAGAGAGUGUUAGGGUUGGUGUUGGGGAGUGAUGGGGAGCGGAUGAGGAUGGUGAGUGAGGGGGUGAAGGGGGAGGUGGUGUGGUGGAUAUGGGACGGGGCGUGGAAGAAGGGGGAGGUUGUUGAUGUUGAGGGGAUGAAGAUGGGGGAGGCGGUGAGUGGGGGGUAA